AUGCUCACGGCACCCAAUCCCAACUCCCCCAUCAACCCCAUUAACCGCUACGUCAUCAUUGGCUCGCUCAUUUGCAACUCGUACAAGUUCAAGCUGAUCUUGGAAAGCCUUGACAAUGACGACCAGCGUCGCCUCAUGACUGAAUUCGUCAAGGAAAACCAGGAAUUCAAGCACAAUCUCCGUCAGGAAAUCGAGGCUAACGAUGCUUUCAAUAUCUUUGCCACUUUGAAGAAGAUGGUCGAAUUCGUGGAUGCUAUUCCGGAAAUGAACCCUGAAGAACGUGAAAAGCUUAACGACUUAUACAAACAGGCAACCAUUGAAUUUGACAACGACGAAAAGGCGUUAUUCCAAGAGCUUGCUGCCAUGACGGACCCAAUUGACAAGCAACAGCGUAUCAAGGAACAAUCGCAAAGAAAGGCCGAAAUGGUCAGCGACUUGGUUCACCGGGCCCGUGAGGUAUGCUACGGGUUCCAGGGACUUAGCCCCGAUCAAUUUAAUGUUAUUAAGGGCAUGUUGGACAAAGUGGAACAAGGAGAGGUCCCAUUUUACCAAGAGGCGGGGGCCAAGUACACGCGAUUUGUGCUCGACAAGUUCCGUGGCUCGGGCAUUCCCCAGGACUUGAUCAAUGAGGCAAUCGUCAUCAGUGAAGAGGUUGCCGCUGACUACUAUGCCGGCCACUUAUCGGCCACCGACUACCACCAGCUUCCCCUCUUCUAG